AUGAAGAUUGAUAUCGUUUUAUGUAACAAAGGAGUUGUUGGAGAACCAGUCAACGGGUUUAUAGAAGCUGUUUUUAAGAGUCCAAAAUUCAUUAAAAAAGUCUCUGUCAUUUUUCAGACACACACAAAUUACCCGGACUUCAAAAAUGGAUACUCUUCCGACCCAAGACAAGACUCUAACGCUUCAGAAUGGCAAGAGAAGAAUAUGAAAGAGGACUUUGGCUUCCAAUCAUUCACAUGUAACUGCUUUAGUGAACAUUAUAAUAUCCAAAACGGAAGGUUCACUGAAUACCCAGAAGGCAUUGCCCGCUUUCCAUUUGAAAUGGUACUACCACAAAAGUGUUGCACGACUGUUGUAAUGGGGAAGUGUUUCUUGAAGUGGGAAAUGGUUGCACAAAUCGAAGAACUCUCUUGCAAAAUUCACAAGUCAGAUGUCUUCGAGUUGCCAUUAUUGUACAAAUUGUACACCACAGAAAUCGUGAAAACACAGACUUCCGAAUGUAUUGAUAACAAAAGGUUUUCCUUGAAAGUCGAGUUAGAGAAGAAUGAGUAUACACAAGGCGAAAUGGUGAAUGGAGUCAUUGACUUCUCGAAUAAAACGAACACGGUACUCUCUCUCAAAAUAUCAAACCAGAGUGUAGUUGAGUCGACUAAAAUUGAUAACUCUGCAAUUGACAAACGUGUGUAUAUAGAGCAGAACUUUGAGGUUUUACUCGGCAUCAGCAAAAUGAGGUUUUCCUUGCAAGUCUCCCCUCAACAAUUGGCCUCUGUAAUAGCGGACCCAUUAUCUCUCCGAAACUUUCUUGUUGUUCGCGUUGAUGGACUUAAAAAUUUGACAUCUGUCGAAAGUGGUGUUGCCGUGCCAAUUGUAGUCAGACCAAGUUGUCCAUAUAACAGAAAGAAUAUGGAAGAAUACGCCAAAGAACUUGGCUAUGACAUUUCGUUUAAGAAAAAGAGGUUUUACGGCACACAUAAAGUGUCGCCCCCAACCAUUGAUAUACAAAAUGGGCUUGAAAGUGGUCGAGUUGUCGAUACCAAUCAAGUGAUCUAUCUCGAUCAUUACAGUAGACUUGUAUUUGAAGACAAAGACAAGAAAACAGUUAUGAAACGAGCGUAUCCGACUGAAAAUAUGAAUCUCCCAGUGGGGUGGGCCAUGGGAUACUUCAGAAAUGAAAGGUACUUCUUUAAUGUAAAAACUUUAAUGUCGACUUGGAUUGAUCCUCGAGAGAAUCCCCUCCCUGAACACGUUGGAGAUGAAGUGACUGGGACACUUACGAUAUGUCCGACACAAUGUGAAGGGUUGAUUGGGUCCAAAGGCAUUGAAUUGUGUGUGUACUCUGGGAAAAAGAAAAUGAAGGUAGUGUCGAACAAAGGUCUUGACCCCACCUUUAAUAAGAACGAUGUAUUCAAAAUCAAUUUGGAUAAGAUGCGAAAUAACGUUCUGCUGUAUGUCACAGAUGGAAAAUCGACGAUUGGAGUCAUCGAAUUUGACUUGACACUAUUGAAGUACUACACAUGUGUCAAGAAGUGGUAUUACUUACACUCUCCUGAACAUCAAAGGACAGAAUAUAUGGGAAGAAUACUGAUGGAAGUCACUUACGCGACGUCCACUGACAAACCGGAAAUUCGGAAUAUAGUGGACUACUUCUCUGCAUUAAAUCUGUUGUUUUACCCAUCCUCUAAGAAGUUCAUAGAUGUUGUCCAAAGCACUAAUGAAGAACGAACAAAAGAGAAAUUGCCGAAAUUGAUGGAUGUCUACGACCAAAAGUACGUUGUAAUCAAUCGAGAAGCCUUCAUGAAUUACUUCAUCUUCGACGACUUGAAAGACGAAUUUGUCUUCACGAAGACUAAAGAGGACGAAAAGGACAAAUUGAAAGUCGAGAACAAACGUAAAGCGUAUGUAGAGAUCUAUGGCAAGAUCGUUGCGACUACAUACGAAGUUGGAGAAGGAGAAGAGUCAUAUGACGUCAGCCAAGACGUUGAAAAGCCGAAGAAGAAGUUCUCGUUGUCUCUUUCUGGGUCCCUUUCAAGAAGUCGGUCGACAUCGAAGCCAAAGGAGAGCACCCCAAAACGCCUCGAAACAUUAACACCGACAUUUUCGCCACGAACAAAGAAAUAUCGCAAAGAGGGAGAAGGCGCUUUUGGCUUAUUAAGUUCGUGUGACUUUCCACGAGAUAUGGGCGAGACUGCCGAAACGAAAAAAGAGAGCGCGUCGUCGUCGGAAAUACUCAAACCCGUUUUUGGAAGGAGAAAUGCUGGAAAGAAACAUUUUGUGGAUAUCAGUAAGGAAAGUGCAACACAAACAAAUAACUUUGGCGCAUUACUCGACUAA